UUGGCAUGAUGACAGUGUCGAAAUAUUGUGGAUGAUUGGAGAGACGUGUCAAAAAUUGUUUCAAGUUUCAGUGUUAAAUGUUGAAUAAUAAUUCUAAAAUCUAUGAUGAAAUGUGUUUCAGAAAAUCAAAAGUGUUACGAUAAAAAAAAGCAGAAUCAAAUUUGAUAUACAAUAUUAUGUCAGCUGAUUCAUCGGCCCAAACAAACGACAUAAAGAAAACUAGGAAAAAACCUUUUCGUAUGGCGGACGAUGCAGCGACGGAUUGCCUCUUCGAACGGCUCAGGUUGCACCAGCAGCGCUCUCCGGACGCGACCGAAGUGGCCCGCGCUAUCACCGCACGCAUCAAUGCGCGUCUCACUUCACAUGACAAACAGAUUCGCCAGAGUACAUUGGAUAAACUAUGGAAUAAACAGUCUGGUGGGAUUCAGAUGCUUCUCUCUAUUUUGGAAUCUUCAAGAGACACGCCAACUUCGACCUACGUAACGGCUAUUUUGAGGGAGACGCUAUGCUUGAAACAAGGGAAAGGAAAGAAGUGUGCAGUUAGUGAAUCCGGAAACAAGAAGAAGGAAACCAAAAAGAUUGGGAAGGAAAAUAAGUUUGGUUUAGUCAAGAAGGCAAAUAACCUCGCCCGGCAGCAGUGUGCUCAGCAGUUCAUAUCCGCGAACGGUACUCAAGUUAUCAUUCGUACAUUAUUAGCGACGCACGGUAAACGAGAUGGAAAUGUUGGCACCGAGCUAAUGCUGCAAGAUCUUGUGUGGAUCCUCGCGGCACUCGCGCCAAAAGAUCCGAAAUUCGCAAUGAAAAUUAGAAUGCUGGGAUGCGUCAGGACUUUACAUCUAAUACUAAAAGGACAUUUUACUGACAACAAACUCGUUUUUCCCCUUUUGGUAAUAAUGAAACAACUAGCCAAAAACGCUGUUACGACGUCGAUUUUGAUUCGUGAUGGCGUUAUCGGUACCUACGAAAGGGUUUUGGUGAGCCUCGGUUUCAUUCCCACGGCCAGACUACGGUUGUGCCUUGAUGCCAUUGACUACUUCAGCAAGAAUAAGGUGUGCUGCAUGCAGAUCGUGAAGACAGGCCUGUGUAGCGUCCUCCUAAGGGUGUUCGAUCGAUGGGAUCGAUACGAAGGUCGAAUGAGACUGAAGAUAUGCGCCCACAUACUACAGACGCUACAACAUCUGUGUAACAUCAAGGCAGGUCGUCGAGCUCUGUGCACUAAGAAACAUGUUCAAGCGCUGCACAGGUUCUGUUCGCAAUGUCCCGAUGAACCGGAGUUUGACGGUCUCCUUGCGAGAGUGUGUUCAGUGAUUACUUUAUGUCUAAAGCAUCAAGCUUUACCAGUAGCUGCCGCUAGUCCGGCUACGUUCAACCUGAAUCCAAUUUUAAAAGGUACAAAUGCAUCGUGGCCAUGUCACGAAGACGAGGAAGACGCUGCUAAUUCGGAUUCCAAAACAGUUAACUCAGAUGACGAAGACAGCCCGGAUAUUGACAUCGAUGCUAUAGACGAAUUUCCUGACAUAGAAUAUGAUGAUGAUACAAAAAAUGAAAGUAUGGAAGUAUUGGAUAAGAUUAAUAUUAAAAAUGGUGAUAGUUUGCAAAGCGCCUUAUGGAUUAAUCCUAAUGAGAGAGAUUUUGAAGACUUAAAAAAGUAUUUUAUAUUCUUCAAAGAAUUUGGUUCCUAUAAUAAGCAAGCCAAACUCGUUAAAAGCCGGUCCAAUUCCCGCGGAUCUAUUUUAGAAGACUUCUUAAUCAACCAAACCUGUUGCAAUAGGAACGUUUCCUCUGCACUAAGCCUCUCAAUAUCUACAGUUUUGGGAACAACAUUUGACAACGUAUUGACAACAUCUCAAUUACCUACCUUCACGCAAAGCUUCAAUAAGAUUCAUGAGGUUACUUCGACAACAUCUUGUUCUACUUUGAAGAUCCAUAAAGACAUUUCCAAAUAUAGUUCGUUUGCCUCAGUAUAUUGUACAAUAUCCUCAAGAGUGAAGAGUGUAAUACCGUUUGUGAAGGUUGCGUAUCCCGACAUGACAAGGGGACUGAGCAUCACGCACCCAGAGCCUUUGAAUAAAAUGGAAAGGACAGCUUGCAGAGCUAAAUUAUUAUCAUGUGUGGACCGAGCAAUAAACCCUGAAGCGUAUAUGAAUGAAGUAGUUUAUGAUUUAGACCAGCUUUGUAGCUCAACAAAUAAUGUCGAUGCAGCCGCACAAAAAAGUUGCGAAGGUUUAUUACUGAGUAAUAAUGAUGAACAAGAAAUAACGAAAGUCAACAAUUUCUCUUCUCGAUUAAGCUUUGAAUCGAGAUUUGAAUCUGGAAACCUCAGGAAAGCCAUUCAAAUAGGCCCCAGAGAGUAUGAGCUCGUGCUCAUGCCGGACGUUAACUCCAAUAAAAGACACCAGUGGUUCUAUUUUGAAGUACGUAGCAUGCAACAGGGAAGACCGUAUAUAUUCAACAUCAUCAACUGUGAAAAGUCUGACAGCCAAUUCAAUUUUGGAAUGAAGCCAGUUAUUUAUUCAGUGAAAGAAGCUGUUUUGGGUCGACCAGGUUGGACGCGAGCAGGAUCAGAUAUUUGUUACUACCGGAACAGCUACCACUACGCGAACCAAAAGAACCACAACAAGUGCUACCUGACUGUCACGUUCAACAUUGAGUUUCCACAUUCCAAUGACGUCUGCUACAUCGCUUACCACUACCCCUUCACUUAUUCAAUGAUAAUGACUCGUAUUUGGCAAUGGAGCCUGCAGAUGCCUCCCGGUUCGUAUUUCCGCGCUGAGCCUCUAUGCUACUCUUUGAACAGUAACGAAGUACCCCUUUUAACUGUAUCUGCCGAGGACACGCCAUCUAAUCCAAUAGCGGAUCGUGAAAUAGUAUUUCUAUCCGCUCGUGUCCACCCUGGCGAGAGCAAUGCUUCUUGGGUGAUGGACGGCACGCUGGGUUGUCUGCUCGGUGACUCUGUGGUCGCGGCUGCGUUGCGGAGCAAAUACGUGUUCAAGAUUGUACCGAUGCUUAACGUCGAAGGGGUACUCAACGGAUGCCAUCGAUGCGGCUUGACUAAUGAAGAUUUAAAUCGACGUUGGUGUAAGCCCAGUCCGGUUCUGCAUCCGUCUAUCUAUCAUACUAAGGGCCUAAUAGAAUAUUUAGUACGGGUCUGGAAGAAGCCUCCGCUUGUGUACUGCGACUACCACGGCCACUCGCGUAAAAAGAAUGUAUUCUUCUACGGUUGCGCUGGCGCUGAGAGCUGGUGCAGCAGUGACCGCCUUGUACAAGAUGAACCAGUUAAAUACCUCAUGUUGCCAGCCUUGAUGCACAGAAUAUCACCUGCUUUUGCACUCGGUUCGUGUUCUUUCCGUGUAGAAAGAGAAAGGGAGAGUACCGCUCGGGUAACGGUAUGGAGACACCUUGGUGUUACGCGCUCUUACACAAUGGAAGCCUCUUUCUGCGGUUUCGAUCGUGGACCUUUUAAGGGUUUCCACCUGAACACCCAGCACCUGCAGAAUGUCGGCAGCGACUUUUGUGAAGCUCUUAAUGGAUUGAACGACAGCGCUGCUAAUGUCGACAUUCAGCUAACGAAAGACCUGAAUGGCGAGGCAGCGGUGGAAAGCGAACUGGGCUCCGGCUCUGAUAGCGUUCUGAAAACCGAUUCAGAUGAAGACUUUGAUUAGUUACUGAAAAUUAAAAUAAUAAAUAGAUCGCUAGAGGCAUAUUAGGAUAAAGCGAGAUUACAUUAAAACUACAUCCUUAUUUUUAUUUAUUUAUUUUCGAGCCUUGAUUUUAUAAGUUGAGUGCAUUUUGUUCGCAUCCCUCUCUCAUUAGCAACGAAUUAUAUUGGACCAUAAUAUUUUAUUGAACCGCUUAAUCACUAAAAGUCUGUAACAAAAUAGACGUGGCGUGAGCUAUUAACUUGCACUUACGAGUUUUUAAUACUAAAAUUAUAAGCUGCAAGGUUCAAGUUUUUUUUUUGUUGAUAAAUUAGUAAUGAAUUUAGUUUUACUCAUUAAAAUUGUUAUAGAAUAAAUAAAAAUUUUGGUUGGGCUGUUUUUCGCAUAUUCGCAAUAUUUAAAGAACUUUAAAUUCUAGUUGUAGAAGAUUAUCACUAAUUGUCUAUGUCCAAUAUGGCCUAUACUUUAUAUACUUUAAAAAUAUAUUAAACUAUUAGAAACAAUAUUUUUUCUAAUACAAAUACGACAAUAAGACGUUAGGAACAUUCUCAGAGAUAUUGUAUUGAGUAUGUUCGUCCAUUCUAAUGUAUGUACCUAUGGGAUUUUUGUUUGUACCGAUUUUUUUACUGUCCCGAAACUGUGUUUUGGAAAGAUUUAUUUUAUUGUCAUAUAACGUAAAUUGUAUGUCGUUUGAGAUCUCAUUUGAAUUUUAAUAAAAUGUUUGUUUUUCAUUGUA